AUGUAUAAAAUACCAUGUUAUAAACAUGAUGGCUCCUAUGUCUAAUUCAUAAAUAAUGAUGAAAAUAAAACCUAAUUUAUUUGCGAUUAAUGCUAACAGGAUUUGUUUGACUUAAAUCCAAGAUUUAAUUUUUAACAUCUAAUAAAUAUCAACAGAGUAUUAAAUUAUGUUAUUUAAGGCGUUGAAAUCACCUGAAUUUCUCAUUUCAAAAUUAGAUGUAUCAGGUGAGAUGAAGAAUUUCUUUGAUCAAUAUUCAAAGUAUGAUGAAGUUAGUUUAAAUAAAUAAUUCAAAGAGUUUGAAUCUUUGAUUAAGGAUAUUUAAGAUGGAUUUAAAAAGAUACUUUAGGAAUUGUAAUAAAGUAUUAAGUUAUUUUUGGAUUCAAAAUAAACAAUAAGAUAAGAUUUAGAAUAAGUAUGAAUAUUUAUUUAAUUUUACAAAGUUAAUUAAAUUCAAUGAAUUUAAAUCAUUUAUAAUGGAAUUAGAAUAAUUAGGUGAUUCUAUCAAUCCUUAAGCCAUUGAAUAAGCAGAAUCAGAUGUCCAUAAAUAUUUUUAAAAUAUUACAAUAAAUUUUAAAUAGAAGUUGAGAUAGAAAUUCCAAGAAAAUGUUGAAACUAGAAUACAAAAAGAAAAAAAUGAAGAGUCUUAAAUAUUUCCAGAAUUUAAAAAGUUAUAAUCAUCACUUUAAGAUAUGAUAUUAAAACAUAAAACAUUUUCUAACUAAUUAUAGCCAGAUCCUCCAAAUGAUUAUAUAUUAAGUAACUAGUUUUAUGAAAGAAUAGUGGAAUAUAUACAAAAAUAGUUAAACAUUUAGAUUUAUAAUUCUAAAUUAAUUUAUUCAGGGCAUAAAGAAGAUUUAAAUACCAAUUAAUUUUGGAACAAAUGCAAUAAUAAAGCUAAUUUGUUGAUGAUUUUUAAAUCAUCUAAAAAUAGAAUAUUUGGAGGAUAUUCUCCAUGUAAAUGGGUACAUGAUAAAUAGGGUACUUAUGUUUCAGAUCAAACAUUGUCAACCUUUUUAUUUUCAUAAGAUAAUAAUGAAAUAUAUUAAUUAAAGAAUGAAUGUUAAUAGUUCGCCAUUUAUUGUAAUGAAAAAUAUGGACCUAUUUUUGGAGGUGGUCAUGAUUUAUUUAUCAAUUCUAAUUUUGUGGAUGGAUUUUCAAAACUUGGCCAUUCAUUUUCACUUCCAUCACAAAAAUAAAAAGUUCAUUGGAAUGCAUUUAACUAAUAUAUAACUUCCACUGAUUUAUUUGGUUAAGAAACUUCAAAUAUUGUGGAAUGCUAGAUAUUUGAAUUAAUAUUCUAAUGA